UGACCUGAGCUGAAAUCAAGAGUUGGAUGCUUAACCAACUGUGCCACCCAGGCGCCUCCGUGUAAUCCUUUUUUUAAAGUAAGGGUCGAUGAGAAAUUUCAGACUCCAAUGAGAGAAAAAUUACCCAAAGAUUAGCCUUUUUCUUUUCUCAAAUUGGUAUAAAGUUUUGUUCAUGCAUUUAUUUGUCAUUACCAUAGAUAACUUUGACAUGGCUGCCUUGGAUUACAAAAUAAAAUUUAUGAAUUAACGUGUCUCAUAGCUUGGGAAGUUGAAAUUAGUUUGUGUACCCUAAAUUAUCCUUUGCAGAGAUACAGGCACAAGGAGUCUGUUUCUUCACUGAACCCCACUCUACAAUAUAUUGCUUAAAUCCUAUCGUUCAAUAAAUGUGCAUUUCAGGGGUCAGCUGAGCAUUUGUCUUCAUGUUUACAGAGCAUAUUCACAUGUAAGCAUUAGCGGGCAAUGUACAAUAUGCUGCAUAUUUGGUAGCAGUUAAGAGUUUACAUCCCACAUCCCGCUGCAGAUGAGUUGAAUUUUGCCGUGUUGUGUACACUGCUACCAAAUCAAAGACGAGUUCAGUCUUUUGAUUGUCCUGGUACUUUGUUUUCAGAUCAGCUGAUUAAGCUAGUGUUGUGGUGAGGUCCAUCCAGCAUGUGCUCAGAGUAGAUUAAAGACAAGGCGAGAACUAGAAUUUCUCUCAGAAACUAGCUUAAGCUUUCAUGGGCAAAUUGAACCCUUAGGGAUUUACUAUUUAUAGAUAGAUGCCACUUUAAUAAUUUGACUACAUAAUUAGUAGUCCACUUCUGGAAGAUGACUGUGUAAACAUAGUAUUUAUAAGUGAGUAAUUUCUGGUAUUAUAUUUACAUAACCGUCUGCUGUAUUUAUGUAGCCAUUGUUGGCUGCUUCACUAGGUUUCUACAAAUUACUCAGAAUCCCAGGAGGUAAGAUUUCUGAAUUGUCUUAUUUUCACUAUGUGAAAGUCCAACCACAAAAUUAUUAAUUUGUCCUUGAUGUAUAUUUUUAUAUUUGCUGUGGGCUGGACCUAAAAUUUUAUCAGAUGGUUGACUUGGUUCGUUAUAUUUUUACAUUUCUAACAUAUAUUUUUUCAAAAGUUUGGGGUUUGUUUUUAGAAAUUUUACCCUGUUUGUCUUCAAAGAAUUAUUUGGUAGUUUUAUAUGUAUAUCUGGAAAAUAGCUACUGGACUUUUCUGCAAAAGAGAGUAAGUUCCCUGUUAGGUAGUAUCAGAAUCUAGUGUGACUGUAUAUUUAGGAAUGUAGUAAUAAUGAAAUAGUUUGCUGACUGCCUUAUUUUUGCCUACCUCAUUUAAACUUUGAAGCGACAUUCAGAGGUAAGUAUAAAUAUGUUGAUUGUACGGAUGAGGAAUGCUAGAUCAUCAAGCAUCUUAACUGUAUCUCUCUCCUCCCCUUUAGCCCAGCUAAAGGAAUUGAGGUACAGAGAUGAGGCAAAUUGCAGUUGACCUUCAGCAGAUGACUUGACUUCAUCAUGCCUCAGUCAUCGUCUAGCCAUCUAUAUUACCUAUCUAGGCAUCUCAUCUAAUCUUUUUUACAGAUAACACAGAUGCCUAGGUUCCAACCCUAUCUUGGAAAUCCUGAUUUCUUAAUUGUAAUUUUUCAAAAAGUCCACAGAUAAUUCUUUUGUAUAUCCAUGAUCAAGACCAUUACCUUAGUAGUAAACGGUGCUUUAGAUUCAGACAGGCUUGAAUUAGAGUCCUGAUUCUUCUGAACUCAUCAGUUGAUUAGUUUUGGCCAAGUUCUUUAGUCUGAGAUUCAUCUAUAAAUUGAAGAUAUUAUUACUCACUUUAGAGGGUUGUUGAGAAUGAAUGAUUUAGAAUUAUUCUUAAACAUUGUCUGCUAUUAAGGUAUCAUCAUUAUGUUAUUCCUUUGUCCAAUCAAAACAGUCACUCUUGUCAUAAUAGUGUUUAUCAGCUUGGUAUCCGGUGAUCUGAUGAAUACUACCAUAAGGAAUAAAUGAUGGCUAGUUUUCAUUAUUUACCUACAUUAGUGGAAUUGUAAUAGGGACAGAGGAAUAGGCAGGAUAUUGUUUUAUCACACCAGUCAGCCAGACUUCUGUCUUGUGUAUUAGUUUGGCCCUGGUAGGAAAAGAAGGGGGAAAAGGUUACUGGAACACUGUGACCUUCCUAAGGAUUUAUUCUUAACGCUUUCUCUCCCAGCUUCUUCUCAAAGCCUAGCAUCACUAGCAUCAUCAAUCCCUUAGUCUUCUAAUUGCAUCCUGAUUUACGUAGGUGCUUUUACCUCCCUCCCUAUUUUGCCUCCCUACUUUCCCUCCAUUAAAUUUAAUUCUAGCCUCCUUUCAGAUUGGUUUGAGUUCAGUUGUGACUUAUUUGAUGACUUGGACCCCAUGUCUCUACAUCUCUAGGCUAUUAUUCAAAUAAAGGUCAACCUAAAUUCUGACCAACUGUCCCCGUGUUGUGUGGGCCCAUUUCAGACCAGAGUUUUUAGCUUUUGAUUAUUGGGAAAGGAUUAGAUUAGCUAAUCCUUGCCCACAUGGCUUGUCCACAUGGCUGUUCCUAGACCCUCUAAUCUCCUUUACUAUUUAUACCUAAUGGUCAUAGAGUAUAAUAAUAAUGAUACAUGUUAUUACUGCUAAAUUAAUAGAACAUCAGUAGAUCACAAUAGGCUGACUUUGUUAUAUAUAACAAACUUUGUUGUAUGUAUAUAUAAUUGCUUUGCAGCUUGACAGUUGAGGUUGUACUUGAUAAUUUAAUAACUUAAUGGUUUUGUCAGAGACUGAAAAACCUAUGGAAAAGGUAGAAAUUGAACUAGACUUUAGAAGAUGGAUACAUAUUUUUCUAUAAGUAAGGAGGAAGGACAGGGGAUUCCAGUUAAGGGGACUGACAUGAACAAAGGCUUAAAGGAAUGAGUGUGCAAAUUUGGAUCAUUGUGAGUAGAUCAUUUUUUACUUUUUCAGAGGGUUCAUGUAGUAAGAAUAAAACUAUAGGUAGUCAGAAUAAAACUGGAAAAUCCUAAAUGUUCAACCAAGAUGUUUGAUUUCAUAGGCUUUUGGUAUGUUGUAAAUUCAUUUGGCUUUUUCUUGAUUAGCAUACACAUACAAUUUAGGUCUGAGAUUCGCUAAGAGAUACACAUAUUCAUUGCACCCUGAAACACUUGGCCUGGUUCAUGUAAGCUGAUGCUCACUGCCAGUCUCCUUUCUACCUUAAGUGGUUGUGCCUGGUGGGGGAGUGUCAGGUCAGCUACUUUUAUCCUGAUGCUUCAGUUCUCUCUGUCUGUUACUCAUUCUAAGCUGUGCCUGAUCAGCCUCUCCCCCAGUUCUUUCUUGUUAAUCUCUAGGUUCCAAGUUAGCAACACAAUGAGUUUCUACUUAUGAGUUUUGAUUUCUUACUUAAAGCUUUCUUUAUAUCUUCCUUACUCUUAAAAAAUUGUUGAAUAUGUAUUUUGUAUAUAAGAUAGUUAUUAACUUUCCUGUUUCUCUUCCUUUGCAGACCUAGAAUAUCAAGACAUAAUGGGAGCAUUUUUAGACAAGCCAAAGAUGGAAAAACAUAAUGCCCAGGGGCAGGGUAAUGGGUUGCGAUAUGGGCUAAGCAGCAUGCAAGGUUGGCGAGUUGAAAUGGAGGAUGCACAUACGGCUGUGAUCGGUUUGCCAAGUGGACUUGAAACAUGGUCGUUCUUUGCUGUGUAUGAUGGGCAUGCUGGUUCUCAGGUUGCCAAAUACUGCUGUGAGCAUUUGUUAGAUCACAUCACCAAUAACCAGGAUUUUAAAGGGUCUGCAGGAGCACCUUCUGUGGAAAAUGUAAAGAAUGGAAUCAGAACAGGUUUUCUGGAGAUUGAUGAACAUAUGAGAGUUAUGUCAGAGAAGAAACAUGGUGCAGAUAGAAGUGGGUCAACAGCUGUGGGUGUCUUAAUUUCUCCUCAACAUACUUAUUUCAUUAACUGUGGAGACUCGAGAGGUUUACUUUGUAGAAACAGGAAAGUUCACUUCUUCACACAAGAUCACAAACCAAGUAAUCCGCUGGAAAAAGAACGAAUUCAGAAUGCAGGUGGUUCUGUAAUGAUUCAGCGUGUGAAUGGCUCUCUGGCUGUAUCGAGGGCCCUUGGGGACUUUGAUUACAAGUGUGUCCAUGGAAAAGGUCCUACAGAGCAGCUUGUCUCACCAGAGCCUGAAGUCCAUGAUAUUGAAAGGUCUGAAGAAGAUGAUCAGUUCAUUAUCCUUGCGUGUGAUGGUAUUUGGGAUGUUAUGGGAAAUGAAGAGCUCUGUGAUUUUGUAAGAUCCAGACUUGAAGUCACUGAUGACCUUGAGAAAGUUUGCAAUGAAGUAGUCGACACCUGUUUGUAUAAGGGAAGUCGAGACAACAUGAGUGUGAUAUUGAUCUGUUUUCCAAAUGCACCCAAAGUAUCACCAGAAGCAGUGAAGAAGGAGGCAGAAUUGGACAAGUACCUGGAAAGCAGAGUAGAAGAAAUCAUAAAGAAGCAGGGGGAAGGAGUCCCUGACUUAGUCCAUGUGAUGCGCACAUUAGCAAGUGAGAACAUCCCCAGCCUCCCACCAGGGGGUGAAUUGGCAAGCAAGCGGAAUGUAAUUGAAGCCGUUUACAAUAGACUGAAUCCUUACAAAAAUGAUGACACUGACUCGACGUCAACUGAUGACAUGUGGUAAAACUGCUCAUCUAGCCAUGGAGUUUACCUUCACCCCCAGAGGACAGUGCAGCUCAACUUCCUUGAACCUUUUAAACAUCCAUCCUCAACUUCCCAGAGGAACAUAGGACACGGGUGAGAGUGGAUCACACCGGAGAACUCGGCAGUACAACAGCUAGCCCAGGACUGAGUUGUUUUUUUUCUUUUUUUGUAAAUUUGAGACUUAUGUAAACGUGAUUUCAAACCAUAAUUCAUGUUGUAAAUCAGACUCCAGCAAUUUUUGUUGUAUGAUUUUGUUUUUUGUAAAGUGUAAUUGUCCUUGUACAAAAUGCUCAUAUUUAAUUAUGAACUGCUUUAAAUCACUAUCAAAGUUACAAAAACUGUUUGGCUUGUGUGAUGCAGCACAUCCUUUCAAGUCAGGUUGUGUUUGGACUUGGGAUCGGGACAGGGAGAGCAGCAGCCAUGUCAGCUAGACGCUCAAAUUGCACACGAUUAUGGAGAAUAAUUCCAAAAUCUUACAAAGCCGAACAUCAGGGAGUUAACCGAAAACGAUCUUGGCAGUGGGGUUGGCACUGUUGAUAAAGCUGGUCCCUCCAUUUAACUGUCUUUUAGGUUGUUCUCGCCUUGUUGCCAGGAGUAUUGCAGGUAAUACAGUACAUUCAUAAGAAUAUCAAUCUUGGGGCUAAAAUGCCUUGAUUCUUUGCACCUCUUUUACAAGUCCUUACUUUGAAUUACUAAUUGAUAAGCAGCAGCUUCCUACAUACAGUGGGAGACUGCCACGUUUUUGCUAUCAUAAUCGGCUGGGCCUGCUGCUGUUCCUAGUAAGGUAUUCUGAAUUCCAUUUUAUCAAUAAAGCUUGAUUUAACAAACAAGAAAUUUAAUCAUGUAUGUGUAAUUCCUCCUUUACCCUGCCCUUUUAAAGCACCAUGCCAUUGUAAAUGAGAAGUUUCUCAUGGGGAAAGAUGUUAGUCUCUUUUAAUUGGGAAUUAGUGUUACUCAAGGCACAGAUGGAACUGUUUCCCUUCCAUUAGAAAGACUACAAGAUUUAAAUCUGUGUUGUUUCUUAAUGUGUUUUUUAAUGGAUUUCUUUCUGGCUGCUUAUUUUUCAUUAAGAUGUGGAUCAGCUUGAAUUUGCCUACUGUUUAAUUAAAAUAAUUGCCAGAGCUUGACAAUCUAACACUAUAGUAGGGGUGUGUGUGUGCGUGUGUGUGCGUGUGCGCGCACGCGCGCGUUUGCCUGUGAUUCUUAAUUGGCCCGUGUCUUUAGAUUCCAAGUAGUUAAGAUGUAUUUGUGAUUUGAAAUAUAGCAUGUUGCUAAUAUUUAGCUGUUGGCCUUUAAAAAUAACUUUCAAAGCUUAACGAAUUGUAGAUAUAAAAAUAACCUAAUUUAAUUUAGGCUUAAAUUCCUCUGAUUAAGCAUGUGAAAGUAAGUUUUUAAAUCUGUCACGCAGAAAAGACUACUGUUUUGUGCCCUUCUGUAUUUUUGUCUGUCUAGUUUGGAUAUUGUAUUUAUUGCUGUGUAAUCAUUCAGUAGGCAGAUUCCCCACUAGAAAACUAUUAACAUGUAAGAUUACAAUACAACAUUGAUUACAAAAUCGAAACUCUGUAUAAAAGGUAGCAUAAUCAGUUUUGUUAUAUUUGUUUUUUCCCUUAGAAAUAUACAUAUUUGUAUAUAUAGCCUUAAAACUAAUGUAAAGUUAGGGGAGUAGUGGGCAAAGUAAUGUGAAAUGUCUCCGAUCUAAGUAGUUACAUACCAGCAAAACCUUUCCAUUAAUCCCUCUUACUUGUGAGGCGAGUCAAUGUAAUUUAAUUGUAUUUAAUUUAUAACUCAAUCCAGCUUGAAUGAAGAAAAACAAGUACUAUUUAUAUUUAGAAAUUCAUAACAGUUGGAAUUACAGAACCAAUUCCAAACUUACAAAUAAAUGCUCAGUGUCUAACGAUCUGUGGUAGAGUGCGAAGUGUGACGAUGUUCUGUUAGGCUUUGCAAGCACCUCCGUGUGCAGUCCGCGGAUAGCAGGGCUUCCCGCGUAGAGGGAUUCCUAGACCGGCUAGUGCUGAAAACUCGAUUCCUAGUAGAAGAAGCCAGCUCCUUAAUAUUUAAAAUAGACUGAGUUUUUUAGUUCUAGAAAUUUCUAAAACCUUGAAUUAGAGUUUGAAAUGCAAAAUUGUAGGUCAUGAGUAAAAAUAUGUGAUGGAAAGCUAUAUUUCAAACCAUAACAGCAUAUUUAGAGGUUUUUAAUUUGAGAGUUUUUAAAUAAAAAAGUUGUUUAGAUAUUCCUUGUUAAAAUUAUUAGUACUGAAGUGCAGCUUGGAAGUGAGAGAAAACUAUUAAGUGUUCUCUGAGAAGACUAAAUCUUUUCCACAUGAGUCAGCAUUGCCAUACUAUAUGUAAUUUUUCAUUGUCAAAAAAGUAUACAUUAUAAUAGCAGACUGUGUGUUCUUGAUUCCUGGGGGGUAAUGGUGGUGGUGGGAACCAACCACACUUUUAAAAGGCACUUUUGCACCUCUGUUGUGCACUUCAUUUUUGUACCACUUAAGUUCUUGCCCUCCCAACCCCCUUUCGUGGGCUAAUUAGCAACUCAGGGCAAUGCCUCAAAAUUUUUUGAUGUGUUAUAUGUUAUUUUCUUUGGAGGGUGAAAGUUCCUGUAUGAUGAUAAUAACCAUUCAAAAUGUACUUUCAUUUAAGUGUUUUAAUAGGAUGAACUCAAUUUGCUGCUUUUAAUAGGAAAUUCAUUUUGUGUAGCAGACUCUUGUUACCCUAACAUUAAAAAAUGUCACUGAUCUCUUAGUGUUUUAGCAAAGUAAGCUCUGUUAAUUUCCACUUUCUUAAGGAAUAUACUUUUACGGAUAACAGAAGCAGUUCUCAAUAUUAGCAUUAACUUUUAAAAAUCCAAGUGCUAUUUUUCUUAUUUAGCUAUAGAACUAUUUCAAACAUCUUUAAUUAUAAUGCUUGCUUCUAGAGUACUAUGCAAUUAGUGUACUGCUCCAGCCACAUAUUUUUUUUACCACAUUAAGAAAUUUGGAGUAAAGACUAAAUUAUGUAAUUCAAAUAAUCUGAAUUAUACCAACACCUCUAGUGACCAUCUAUUUGACCACAUAUUAAUUCCACUAAUAAUACGGCUUUUCCACAAAAUGUGUUGAGUGUUAUUUGCAAAACACUGUUCUAGGUGCUAAGUACUUUGGAACUAUAAAGAAAUGAGUAGGUCCUUGCCCUCAAGGAGUUUACAUUUGAGUACAAUUUAUAAUCUAAUGUAUGUUAAUAUUGUAACUGAAUCACUCAUCCAAAAAAGUAGCUACAGCCCUUCUACUAUCUGCCAGAUAAUUUUCCUGAACAGGGCAGUUCUCCCUGCCCUAAAAGAGCUCAUUUGUACUUCCAUUAUUUACUUGAAAACUCUUCUGUUUAUUUUCUUCUCCCCAAAGUUAAAAAUCUCAUUCAGAAGAAAAUUUUGCUCAGCACAGUAAUAAAAUUAGACUGAGGAGACUCAACUCUAUUCAGUAUGCUUGACUACCUUUAACAAAUGGCCUUUACUCUUCCUGCUGACAUCAGCCAGUCUGAGAAAUAGGUAAUGGAUUUCUUAUAAUUCUCCAACCCUGGAAAUACUGGUGGAGUUUGAAUUUAAGGCAUUUAAAAGAAAAAAAUAUAUAUAUAGCUAAAUUUAUCUUAUUUAAGAAAAAAAUCUGUUUUUUGAAAAACACACUGCCAGUGUUAAUAUCUAGUUUUAGCCAAAUGAUUACUAUGUGUUUUAAUUUUUAAAAAUAAUUUCACUGCCCAUCUUUAUUGGACAAGUUCAUAUAGGAAUUCAAUUUGUGAUUUCUGAAAGAACUGACAAAGUUGGUUACAGGCUUUCUUUUUUGUUUUCAUUUUGAAUUUCAUGGUGUAUACUUUUAAUUCAUAAAGUUUGAAUUAGAGGUAUAAGCCUAUAAUGUUUUGUUAUUUGUACAGUAUUAUGUUAGGAUUUGGUAGUAGAAAAUAUGUAAAUAUUUCAGUACAUAAAUGUUUCUCUUUUGAGGUUUUUCUUUGAAGGAACCUUAAAGAGUUUCAUACUUUUGCUUGCAGAUUCUGCUGGUGAGAUGACCAUUUUGUAAUUGAGCGAUCUAGUCUUCUAAUUAGUUUUUCUUUUAGUCAUUAGGGCGACUUCUCUAUAGUUUAAAACUUAAGAGGCCUAAUUUUACUUUAUUUCCUUGAAUAAUGUGCCAUGAGUUUUGGAUAGUAUUUUUAAAUUAUACAUACUUCAGAAUAUGCUUGAAAUAUUUAAGAAUACAUUUUCUAAAUGUUGGGAGUAAAAUACUGUAUUGUUUUGUUGGUCAGAAUAAUAAGUCUCAAGUGUUAGUUAUUACUGAUAAUCAGAAUGCCAUACAGAAAUGAUGAGAGGCAUUUGGUUCCACUUUGUUAUCAAAUGAACAUUUCUACUUCUGUUCACCUUCACAUAUUCUUUCCCUUUUACCUGCUUUAUGUAUUAACCUAGUGGCCUCUGCUCUCCGGUUUUCGCGAUUAUAUUACCAGCAGGUAGGGGUGCACCAACUAGAAAAACUAGGAUAUAUUGAAAUUGUAGUUGACAACAUAUUAGAUGGGGGGGAAAUGUUGUUUGAAUUGAUACAACAAAGAAGUGACUUAUUUUUUCCCUCAUUCGUCCAGCAUGAAAUGUUGCUUGAUUUCCUCUACUAUCUUCUUGGUGAUGGCUUUCUCUCUCGCUCUCUAAGCAGGCCAGUUCCUUUUUCUUGGGUGCAUUAUCUCACCAAGGCCAAUUAACGCUAUAUAAAAGUGGGCCAAAAAUAAGAAAACUUGGGAGAUGGAGGGGUGGGGAGAUGCCACUGAGGAAAACAGGAUUACUCUUUAAUUAUUUUCUAAGGCCUUGGAAGGUCUUCCUUGAGCCUAGCUGUAUAUUAUUAAGAACUGUUGCAUCACAUAAACCAGCAAGAACCAACCUUUGCUUCUUCAGAUCAUUGGAUUUUUCCAGCAAGGGAGAUAAUGGUAAAAAUCACUGCUGCUUCAAUAAAAACUGAGAAAAAUAAAUGCAAUGUAUAUUCACCACAAAACCCAAUCCUUUUGUUCUUUUAAUUGCUCCAAAACUCAGUUUUCUAUUAGCUUUCCUAUCGAAUUAAAUGUUUAGAAAAA